AUGGCGUUCUCUUCCUCUUUUCCCAAAGUUUCAAAUAAUUUUGAACCUCCUCAUCCUCGUUCUUCUACUACCCCUUUAGUUUCGAAAUCGGUUGUCAUCGAUAAGGCUCCCUUGCAAAGCCCUAAGGUCAAUGACUUAGGGCGUUUCAUAUUUCCAGAUUCUGCCGCCAGAAAAACUGUUGAUACAAACACUUCUAGUAACAUCGGUGUUCAUAAUGAACCACUGCCUCACAAGGCUAGGGUUUCUUUUGCUAAGGUGGUUCAAAAAUCUUCUUCGAAACCCGCUGAUGUUUUAGCUCAAGACUUCUGUGCUCUUCAACCGGUGAACGUGGGUAACAAAUCUGUUUUCAUUAUCCCGAAGGCCUUAUAUCAGAGGCGUUUGAAGGUUGUCCCUUUAGGAAAAAGGUUAUUUUCAAUCAUUUUCUCCUCCCCUGAGGAGUUAAGUGUGGCACAAGCCAAAUCCACAUGGAAGAUGAAUCCAGGUAUUAUGCGUAUUCGUGAUUGGACUCCGAAUUUUGAUCCGUAUAAGGAAGCCUCCUCAUUGUCUCAAGUUUGGUUGCGAAUAUAUUAUCUUUCUCAUGAUUAUUGGGAUCCGGAGGUGAUCGCCGACAUCGCUUGUCAAGUUGGUAUGCCCAUCAAGCUUGAUGGUCAAACUUUUGUGGGAGUUGUCGGGCAUUUUGCUCAUGUUUUGGUCGAUUUGGAAGUUUCAAAAGCUUUUCCUGAAACGCUCACUGUUCAAAGAGGUUCCUCUUCUUUCGAAGUUGAAUUCGACUAUGAAAAUCUACCUUAUUUUUGCGGGUUUUGUAAGAUUGCAGGUCAUUCUAUCGAUCAAUGCCUAAAAUUCAAGACUCACAAAGUUAACAACCCAUCACAGAUUAAUAAUGACAUUCCCAAAGUGGAUGCUCGGCAGACCAACCUCUUGGCUGCGAAAGAUAUACCUGCUCAUAAGCAAGUUGGGGUUUGGCGUCGUGCCGAGAAUGUUAUUGAAAAUACUAACAAUUCUUUUGCUGCCUUACAGAAUUUUUCGGAGGAACCAAGAGUGCUGAUUCAGGAUAAUACUGAGGAAACUACUAUCUAUGGGACUACCUCUCACAACAGUCCUGAGCGUCAUUCUAACACUGUGCCCGGGGACUAG